UCUCAUGUUGAAGAAUCUUUUAAAAUUGCAAUCGAAACAGGUCGCUUUUUACCUGUUCUUAAAUUUUGUUUUCAAUCAUUAUGCUGAAAUUAGAAAUUUCGAACAUAAAUGUUUUUGUCUCGGUUGUCUCUGGUAUGGGUAUCAUUAUUGCCCUAAGGCGAUUCCUGCGCCGAAAGGUACCACCACUUUGUACCAAUGUAAACAGCCUUUACGGGAAGACUGUAAUAAUAACUGGUGCUAAUACUGGCAUUGGAAAAGAAGUAUCAAAAGAACUGGCAAAGAGAAAGGCAAGGGUGAUAUUAGCUUGUAGGGAUGUCGAGAAGGGUAGGAAGGCAGCCAGAGAAAUUUUUGAAGAAACAGGCACUUCUUGUGAUGUCGUUGUUAAGGAGCUUGAUUUAGCCUCAUUUAAGUCGAUACGAAAAUUUUGUCAGAAUAUUUAUGAUACGGAGCCACAAGUUAACAUUCUUAUCAAUAAUGCUGGUGUCUUCCAUCCACCAUAUUCUCUUACAGAAGAUGGGUAUGAAACAACAUUUGCUGUGAACUACCUAGGCCAUUUUCUGUUAACAAACCUACUUCUGAGCAAGUUGAAAGACUCAGCCAGGGUUAUUAUUGUAGCAUCAAAGCUUUAUGAAAAAGCGAAGAUAGACUUUGAGAAUUUGAAUGCAGAAAAAGGAUACAAAGGUUUUGAUGCAUACAAACAAAGCAAAUUAGCAAAUCUAUUGUUUGCCUAUGAGCUGUGCAAGAAGGUACCCAGAGGUGUAACAGUCAAUUCUCUUCAUCCUGGGUUUGUUGCAACUGAACUGCCAAGACACAAGCUAAAUAAUAAAAUAAAGAAGAUUCUCUAUCCAAUUUUUGCAUUCCUGUUUAUGCGCACCCCAGUAGAAGGAGCCCAGACUGUUGUUCAUCUUGCUACAUCAUCAGAACUUGACAGUGUCUCUGGAGGAUAUUUUGGAGAUUGUAAAGAGGAGAAACUUCAACCAAAAGCUUUGGAUGAUAAAGUUUCAGCAAAACUGUGGGAACUGAGCCUUGAGAUGUGUGAUUUAAACUAAUCAUGUGAUGUCUUUUCACCUUUUUAUGGUCAUGGGAAAAAGGGUGAGAAAAAACUAUGUGUCAACAGACAAAAGCACCCUUCUUCAGCAAGGUACCUGAAUAUUUUUAAUCCUGAGAACUUUCUGUUGUGUAUUAGUAUGGAGGGGUACAGUGCUAGGGGGUGGGGGCUCAGGUGGGCUGAUGCCAAAAAGUAGCCAAUUCCUACUUUUGCUAUUGUUUUUGCAAUAUUUUCGCAAUGCAGAGGCAGAUCCAGACUACAGCAACCUACGCAGAAGCAUAAGUCGAAUUUUUACAUCAACAAAGUAAAAUGGAAACUAUCAAAAUUUUUAAUCAAUAGUUUUUUGGCGAAUUCUUUAGCAACGUCCGUCCUAGAUAUGCCCCCGUUGAUACCAAUAACAUGCAGAAGACAGGGCAUUUAUUUUGCUGACCAUCUUUCAGCCUCUGCAGAGAACAGUUGAGUGGCAAUUCAAGGCAUUUAUCUGGUCCGUAUUUUCCCUAAGGUAUUUUCUGAAUUCAGAAGCUUGUUUGUCCUUCGAGAGCCAAUCACCACUUGUUAGACCUAUGCAGAGAUCUUGUAAGCCAAUCGGCGUGCAUUUCACCUCUGCAAUCUUUGGCGCGAACAUAGGUGAUAUUUGAUUUAGCCAUUAUUAAUAUAUUGCCUCUGCAGCGGUACAGCCAACCAAUAUGAAUCAGAGUUGACCUAUGCAAUCAUUUACAGUUGUCCUCUGCAAUUGUUUGUUUCAACCAAUGAAAUGGAAAUUAACAAUCACAUGAACUUCAAGCUAAGCGUGUCAAUUCUCCAGCGUUGCGCUCGGAUUGUGGGUGGCCCUAGUUCGAAUCCUGCCGAGGUCGAGCAACUCAGAGAAGGCUUUUUCCUUCGAGUUGCAGGUAAAUCGAGUCUUCUACCCUUUGAGAGUUGUUUCCCAAGAUUUCCUGUUUGGAACCCCCUUGUGAUACUGAUUUUAUUCAGAUAAAUAUGGGCGUUUCCAACACAAAAAGGCGCGGCUUCUCUUUCUGACGACCUUUGCAUAGGUCAGAAGUCAGGCUGGAUCCGCACCUGAACAGCCCCCCCCCCCCUCCCUCUUAUUUUCAUACUUCAUAGCACUACACUCCUCUGCAUCUGCAUGUUUAAUAGUGUUUGAUGUUACACAUGCAGAGCUGUAUGUACUUUGAUGUUACGAGCAUGAAAGUUUCAAGUUGCCACCUGUCAUAUGUAAUAAUUAACGAUAUUUCCUUUAUAUCUAGCGGAGCUUACUUCUACUCAAAUAAACCUGUGUAGGCCUGAUUAGUCGAAUGACUUUGUUUGUAUGCUA